UCAAAUUUGUAAGGCGUAAAAUGUCGUCUUAUUUUGUAAGACUUGUCCAUUUCAACAGCCUUUAUCAGAGGACAGGAUUUAAUGGCACGAGAAUGAUUCAUUCAGGUGCUGCUCUCUGCAAGUUCUACAAAGAGCGACCAUCAAAUGAAUCUCUCAUCAGUUGGAAGAAGCUUCCCGCUCCAAAGAAAUCUGAGAAGGAUUACUGGUCUGAGAAAAGAGCACUCUUUGGCGAGAACGACUACAAGGACAUCUUAGGGGACGGCACGUACUCCCUGCGUAAGAACGUUAAGGUGGGACCAUGGUGGAUGCGUGGAUGGAAGGGCAAUGAACUUCAGAUGAUGAUCAGGAAGAGGAAGAUGGUCGGAUAUCAGAUGGGACCGGAAACCAGACAUAACAUGAACAAGAGGAUCAGUUAUCUCUUUAAAUUUAUGAACAGGAACAAGGGCAAGUGGGCCUACUAUGGGGACCGCUGAUUAAAUGCUGAUCAAUAUUGAUAUGAUAGAGACAUUAUGACAAGCUUGAGCAAAUGGAGAUUGGAGAUAUGUAAGAAUAGCAGAUUGAUUGGUAAAAAAACAGAUUUGGGGAAUGAGCCCACCUUCUUCAACAGAAUGCCUUUUGCCAUCAUUCACAAAUGAUAGUCAUAACUUCACUACAACACAAAUCUUAUGCAACUUGCUUGUUACUUGCAGAUGAAAAUUGUAAAAAUACCCACAUUUCAAGUUGUUUUAAAACACUGUCCCACGGGUUUGGUGCUUACAUGUAACUGCUAAAAUUUGAAGAAGUAAACACUUUUAUAAUCUCAUCUACUGAACAUGAUCUUUAAUCAUUUUAAUGUAAAUGUGCCGGUAUUUACAUCCAUUGUUUCAACAUGGAAAUGACUCUCUGAAACAAGAUAACAACAAAUGAUUAAUACUGGUCGGUACAUCUGUAUACUGCACUGAGAAUUAAUGCAAUAAAUGGUAAAUCUUAUAACUUCAGGCAUAUUUUGAAUUUGAUUUCUAUCUUUUUUUUUAAGUGUUUGUAUUUCAUGUAUUGCCUCUUUUUUCAUUAUUAAUAAUUUCAUGUCAUUGUAAUAUUCUCCAGGAAUUUACAUUAUUUACAUGGUAAUAAAAAACUAUUUGAAUUUUAUAUUCAUUUAAAAAA